AUGGCAACUAGUACGACACAUGUAUCAUUCGAGAACACUAUAAUUUGUCAGGACUGUGUAGUAGGAGACAAUGUUACAAUAGGCAAGGGAACUGUUUUGCAUCCACGUGCAACAAUCAUAUCAAAGAAUGGAGCACCAAUCAUCAUAGGCGACAACAAUAUAAUCGAAGAGUUGGUCACCAUCACCAAUACAUCAGAUCAACCAAUGACCAUUGGUUCACGUAAUUUAUUUGAAGUUGGAUCUGUUAUUGAAGCAAAGAGUAUUGGUAAUGAUAAUGUAGUAGAGACAAAGGCAAAGGUUAGCGCUGGCACUGUUAUAGAUAAUGGAUGUGUAGUUGGUGCAUGUUGUAUUACACCAGAGAAUGAACAUUUGAAAGACUGCGAAGGAUUGUACGGACCGACUCUAGCUCGUACCAAGUCCACCAUACCAAGAGAUAUGCACAACUCGACCCAUGACCGCCACCUUGAGCUACUUCACAAGACAUUGCCCAACUUCCACCAAAUGAAGAGGUGA